AUGAAUCCAACAAAUGAUUAAUUAUAAACUUCAGUAUAGAAUGCUAAUCAAAGUUCUUAAGAUACUAAUAAUUCAUUAGGCUCUAUAGUGGUUUAAGUAUAACCUUGUGGGAUUAUAGAUGAAAUUUGUUAGAUUAUUGAUUUAAAUAUAGUGAAAUGUGAUCAUUAAGGAUUAAAUAAAUAUGCUUGUUUAAACAUAAAGACUUAACCAUGUAUUUGGAUAAAAAAUAAUGAUUAAGAUUUUGAGCAUUGUGAAGAGAGAAUACCAGAAGGAUAUUGUGAAGAAUAAAAUGGAAAUGAGAAAUUAAAUGUGAGUGUAAAUGCUAUUUUAUGUAGUAUGGUAUAAGAAAAUGAUCCUUGUUCAUAUGAUUCUAGUAAAUAGAAGUGUAAAAAACCAGAUGAUAAUUUAACAUAUUGUGAUGUAGAAGGAAUUAAUGUUUAUGGAUGUGUAUAAAUAAAAAAUUGCUACUAUUAGAAUCAAAAAUGCUAAUUAUUUGAUCCAAAUUUAAAUUUAACAUGCAAAGAUGUUCAAUUUGCUAAUGAAUUAGUUUGUUCUUAAAUUAAAAAUGAUGGAUGUAAACAUAAUUUAUUAGAAUUUGGAUGUAUUCAAUCUUCUAUUUUAGAUUCCUGUUCUACUUCAGGAAUAAAUAUGAAUGGAUGUAAUUCAAAUGAAUAAUGUUAAUGGAAUAAUGAAAAAUGUUAAUGCAAAAUGUUAUUAGAUUUAUAUAAAGAUUGCUCAGAACAUAUUGAUUAUCUAAAUUGUAUUAAUUCUGAUAAAUGUUAUUUUGAAUAAACUAUGUUUAUUGAGAAUUUAGGUAUUUGUAAAGAAAAGUAGUGUAAUGAUAAUAAUUUAUGCAAUUAUGAAUUAUAUAAAGGAAAGAUCUGUUAUUAGAAUUUUAAUGGAUAAUGUAUUGAAGCUACUUCAUGUGAUUAAAUUAAAGGUCCUUCAAUAAAUUGUUCUAUAUUUUCUUUUAAUGAUUUAUAAUGUGUAAGUGAUGGUAAUGAUGGUUGUAUUCAAUUUUAAAGUUGUGAAAAUUUAAGUAGAAUAUAAUGUAUCAAUUAUAGUGAUUAUUGUAUCUUACUCAAUUCAUGCAUUACAAAAUAAUGUCAUCAUAUUUCUGAUUAAUAUUAAUGUAUUAAUUUUGAUUGUGCUUGGAUCAAUAAAUAAUGUAUCAAUUAAAUUUAAUGUUCUGAAAUUUUAUAAGAAAAAGAUUGCAAUAACAAUUAAUAUUAAGGUGUAUAAUGUACUUGGAAUUUAGUAAAAAAUGAUAAUAUUGAUACUUAAAUUUGUACUUCAGAGGGUUGUAAUUUUCUCCAUAAAAAUAGUUCUUGUCAAGGAACUUAAAUUGGAUAGUCAGUUUGUCUAUAAACUUAAGAUUUAAUCUGUCUUUCAUGUGAAUAAAUUUCAGAUAUCUGUGAAUGUAUGGAAAAAGUAGAAUAUUGCACUUAUAAUAUUUAAAAAAAUAGAUGUAUUUCUCAACCAUGUUAAAACUAUAAUAAAUAGUCUUGCCCUAAAAAUAGAUGCUAUUUUUAUGAAUAACACUAAGUAGAAUAUAAUUAUAAAUUAUUAGAUUUGCAUUCCUUAAUGUUAGUUUCAAUCUUCUAAAACUUAGUGUUAAAAAUUAACUUUAUGUAUUUGGGAUGAGUAUCAAAGACCUCCAUGCAUAGAUACAUAAUAUGUUAAAGAUAAUGUUUUGACAAAUAUUUUAGUUGAUAAAGCAUUAGAUAGAGUACUAACCUUAAUUCCAUUUUUUUUAUUGCUAUAGCUUUGA